AUGGACGGCAGACACAGCAAGCAAGGAUACAGCGUCACAACACUUUUUGACUUGUUUGCUCUAGGCACACGACGAUACGAAGAUGCAGUGGCCUUUUCAUUUUUCCUAAUCGCACUUGCAGCUGUGGAUACCGCUGCCCAAGCAACAGGUCAAGAAGUAGAGAUCCUGGUUGGCGCGGGGCUUGACCCUGGGCUCGGGGAGGGCAUCUACGUGCUGCAUUUCACGCACUUCAACCUUCCCGAAUCCGAUCGUCUGGUACUUUGGCCUUCCGAAGAUCCAGAGACGACACCAGCGGUGGCCGUGCUGUCGGGAAAGAAUGCAACGGGCAACUUUCACUCGACCGCGAUAUCGGGGAUCGGAGUCGUCCUGGAACUAUUCAAGACUCCGGUAUCCGAUCAAUCCAGUUCGACUUCGUGUCGAGGCUUCACCGUGGACCGAUUGCUCUUUACCCCGAAAGAGCUCGUGGAUGAGGCGCAGCACCUGCAAGUGGCUGUCAAGGUGCCACUAACCAACCUCUCCAAUACGACUGACACCAAUGACAACGAUCACAUCAACAACGAAAGUCUAUGUGGUGCGGAUGAAUCCGUCGAGGCUGCUUGUGCGCCGAGUGCUACCAACAGUGCUGAAGGAGCCAUCAUGCUGGCCAAGUCGCAACCGGUUGCGCGACUGUCGAUAAUUAAGGAUAAUGGCAUGGUCAUCGCUUACUGCACGGGCUGGCUACUUGGUUGCGAAGGUCACUUGAUUACGAAUCAGCACUGCAUCGGCAAUAACCAAGACGCGCUCAAUACAAAGGUCGAGUUUCUCGCUCAGUCAACGAGCUGCAAAGGCGGUGAGACUUGUGACUCCCAGGGUGGAUGUCCAGGACCGAUUGGCGUGACGUCGCCAACGCUAGUGGCCGUCUCGGAAGAGUUGGACUACGCGGUGGUCCGACUUGGUAUCAACGACAGUAUUGCGGAUUACUCCGGCCUGUACGAGAAGACGAGUGGCUAUCUACAGUUUCGCGCAUCGGGAGCGGUACCGAAGGAAAGCAUUUACAUUCCGCAGCAUCCGCUGGGCUAUGGCAAACGUAUUGCAUGGCUGUAUAAUGGUCAACCAGGACGUGUCGAGUCGCUGACGGUCACCGAAUGCCGCGAAGACGAUGUGGGCUACUAUAUCGACACCCAGGAAGGAGCGUCAGGCUCACCGAUCCUUGGCACGAGUGACCAUAAUGUCAUCGCGAUGCACCACUGCGGUGGGUGCUUGAAUGGUGGCAUCCCAGCGCAAUCGAUAAUCGAGGAUCUCACCACAAAAGGCGUUUUGCCGAAAUGCUCCGUCGCAACGUAG